UUUUAUAAGAAUUUAAGCUUAUAAAAAUUUCUUUGUUUUCCCACCAAAGGAAGUGCUCAUCAUCUUAUUUGGGUAUGGUGUUAAUGAGUUAGAAUUUUGGUAAAUGUCUAAAGAGAUUGCACCCUAGUAGUAGUAGUAGUUGUGUUUGGGGAUUUCAAUGUUGUUGUAGCCGUAAGCGAGGGAGUAAAUUGUCUUUCUAACCACCUCCUAUGAGAGCUAGAGCAUUUUGAUAGGUAGUUUGCCCACCACCUGUUCGAUAGAAUGUUUCUUUGAUUUCUUCUCAUUUUCUUUUGAAGAAAAUAUAGAGACCAACUUUUAGUUAGUCAACAUUGAUCGAAAAAAAAGAAGCAAAAUAACUGGAUAUAAUGGCUCCACUGAUGAAUCUGGUAAGGCUGAGAGGGUUUCCAAUUUUGCAGCAAUUGCAUUUAGAGGAACGCAUGCUGAGAACCAGCUCAGCCAAUUGGUGCAUUAUUAAUGAUGGAACCACCUUCCCUACCGUUGUAAUGGGCUUGUCUGGGAAAGUAUCAGAACUUGUUGAGGCUAAGUCCGUGUUGCGAGAUCAUAUACCUGUCAUAAGAAGGUUUACUGGGGGAGGAACUGUAAUUGUUGAUCAAGGAACUAUAUUUGUUACUCUGAUAUGCAACAAAGACGAUGUUUUGGAUGUGCAACCCUUUCCUCGCCCCAUCAUGUCGUGGAGUGGUCAACUUUACGAUGAAGUUUUCAAAGGGCUCGCUGAUUUUCAUCUUCGUGAGAAUGAUUAUGUAUUUGGUGAUCGCAAAUUUGGUGGUAAUGCUCAAUCCAUAACCAAACAUCGGUGGGUACACCAUACAUCUUUUUUAUGGGAUUAUGAAGUCAAGAACAUGUCUUAUCUCAAGUUGCCAGCAAAGGCUCCAAAAUAUCGAUUAACUAGAGAUCACACAGAUUUUGUUUGUAGUAUGAAGGAGUAUUUGCCAAGAUCAGAAUUUGUAGAGAGAACUAUCAAGGCAAUAGGAGCCCAGUUUUCUGUGAAAUCCAUUAACUUGGAGUCCACGGAAAUUCUUUCUUCCUCUGAAUUUGUUCAUACCACUAGGCUUCUUACAGAGCAGGAACUUCUUGAUGCUUGCACAAUUCAAACUUGAAAAUGAAGUUACAAAUUGCUAGUAUGGAUCUUGCUUUUCCCAAGUUGAGUGAUGAUGAAAUUUGAGUGUUACUUUCUUAUGUUGUUGUCUAUUUAUUUCCAUUUUUUCUUUUGUCCUUUAUUCUAUUAGAUUUUAUUAUUAUUAUUCUGCAAAAUUCUAUCCAUGUCCUGUUUCUUGUUGAAAUAUUGAUAUACAUUUCUUGCUUUCCUUUAUUCUACAACUUUGAUUUGAUAGUGUUGAUGUUCAUA